UUAGUAAGGAGUGGAGUCAGUACCAGUCGGGAUGCGGAACGGGAAGGUUCUGGUGUUGGUGGCGGGACUGUUGGUGGCCUUGAGCGCCGUGGCACGCGGCCGCGUCGUCUCCAGGUGCGAGCUUGCCAACGAGAUACUCCGCCACAACGUCUCCGUGGGCCUCGUCAAACACUGGGUCUGUCUGGCAGAGAGCGAGAGCUACCUAACUACAGAUCGCGUUGGUGAAAAUGCAGAUCUGUCUUCAAAUUACGGCAUAUUUCAGAUAAACCAGUACUGGUGUGGUGAUUCUCGCAACCCUGAUAAGUGUGACGUCAAAUGCGAAGAUCUCCUUAACGAAGACCUGUACGACGACUUCGAGUGCGCUCUGAAAAUCUACCGCAAGCGGCGCUUCUCAGCCUGGGACGGGUGGCGGAAAGGCUGCAAGGGUGUCCACCUGGAGAACGUGUCCACCUGCUAGACAGAGCUAGCGGUGACCUAUAAUUGCCAGGAGUGGAUAGGCGCACCUCAGAGCCGCCGUGCAGCGGGGGAUGUUUGGCUCUGGCCUACAAUAAGCUACUGCAGUCAAGUUUAUGCAUUAACGAAACUGAAACUUCCUGGUAGAUUAAAACUGUGUGCCCGACCGAGACUCGAACUCGGGACCUUUGCCUUUCGCGGGCAAGUGCUCUACUAUCUGAGCUACCGAAGCACGACUCACGCCCGGUACUCGCAGAUACAGGCAGAAGUGCUUCGGUGGCUCAGAUGGUAGAGCACUUGCCCGCGAAAGGCAAAGGUCCUGAGUUCGAGUCUCGGUCGGGCACACAGUUUUAAUCUGCCAGGAAGUUUCAUAUCAGCGCACACUCCGCUGCAGAGUGAAAAUCUCAUUCUGGGUUAACGAAACUGUCCCUGAAAUAACAAUACUCACAAAAUAAACAUAAUUAAAUGAAUGUUACGUAACAUACUAUAUCAAUAUCGAAUUGGCAUAUCAUAGCGCCUUGAUUUUGCCGAGAAAGAUGCACUGUAAACACACCACCGUGCGUAGAUAAAUACUGUAGUUAUGCGGCAGCGCGGUUCUUUCCGUCCCAUUACGACGAACCUUCACCUACCUGUGAACAUUGUCUCAGCAGAUCAUCAGUAGGGAAGCCGAGCGAAACCUACUGUACUUCGACGUGAGCCAGGCUGCAAUUAUAGUCACUAAUCUACGUUUCGGGAGAAAGUUUUCACACGAAAUGAAAGGUUGAAAAUUUUGUCCUCAAUUAAUAUGUUCUGAAACUUAGGUGAACAAGUAUCACUGCCAAGCCCGUGCUAGUUUUAACAGUCACUCACAAUACCUUUCACUCACGUUAGCAAGUUUAUGGUGUUGCAUUUCCCGAAAAACGUAAUAGCUACAAAAAUACUUAUUGUUAUUGAUUGAGAAUGCUCGCCAAAUAUUAAGUCUGUCGGUACCAAAUGCAGUCACAGUUUUUAGCCACCGACCUGCUCAAUACGCCACGCGGAAUUUGUCUUUUCUCGUCACAAAAUUCACUUAAAAAUUCCUAAAUUUCUACAUGCCCAUCGGAAUAAGUAUGCUGUCACUUUACCACACUUUUGAUGUAUGAAACCCUGCUAGAUCGGGCAACUUACCGUUUCCAUCGGAACUACUACUACACACGUCCGAACAGUUUUGUGGCUGGGCUCCCACUCUUCUCUAGAAUACUCUAACAACAUUCUCCUGCGUCAAUCCGCGCUUUUCAUCAAUAACCAAUCGCAAAAUCGUAAACCUAACGACUGCACUUUUUACCGACGUAAUUAUCUAAUAUGCUGAAGUUUUGCUGAUGCAUAAAGUUAUUUACUAUUGUUAUUUAUACCUGAAUUAACGUUCCCUUUACCAUAAACUUACUUUACAAAUCUAUUCUACAAAAAUCCCCUUGUGCACAUCCAUACUUCUUCAAAAUGUUCCCACACUAAAUCCUACUAUAUAACUCGUUAAACAAUUAUCUUCAGAUUAACCUUAAACCACACUCGCUCAUCAUUCAUAUGCUAAAACACAUUUAUAAAAUUUUACCUACACAAAGAGACAUAAUAACACUUUAUGAAAAUACUAGAACAGUUUAUGAAAAACAUUGUAUUACUUUAGUGCACUCUAGUGGGCACAAUCGAAACUAAAAUCACAGUCCCACUGUCCAAUAUUGUCCUCUAUCGGCUGAUACAUAAACUAAGUGCGCGUCCAGUCUCGCGUCACCAUCUGUCAGUAUCCAGCUCUGAGACACAUCUCCCACGUAACCGCCUCCAAGGCAGGAUCGUUAUACGGCGCUACGUUUCAGUUACUAACAUUCCGAAUAUGAGAAUACCAUACUCAUACUUAGUUCGCUCCAUUCUCUCCUGAAACUAUAUUACUAAACGGAUGUAGCGGAAGCACGGUUCCACUUCGAUUGCCUAUCUAAUCUCUUCCAGUUGAAGCAAAGAUUUGAUUUUCAGUAUUUCAUAUAAUUACCGAACGACGUCAAAAAUUGCAACUAUUGUCAUAAUCUACUCGAGAUAGAAACUUACGUUAAAGAUCUAACACAAUACAUCAGGUGUGAAAGAUAGAAACCACGUAGGCCGAUGUCUUGAUUUUGAGAAUGAGAGUAAUUAGCGACUUCAACAAAUUUUACAAAUAAUGUCAAAUGUUUUCGAAAAAUUUUCUCGCUGACACUGCCACAAAACGAAAAGAAAUUAUCAUCGUACUCAGGUUUGAAGCUCAUCUUAACGUUUUACCGUGUUUGCGAUAUAAAACUUGGAUUGUUUUCAAAAACCGCCUUAUGCAAUCACUGUUUAUUUCUUCUUAUUCACCUAGACAUGUUUCGACAUCUAUGUGUUAUGUUCUGUGUUUCAAAUUUACAUUUCUGUAAUUUUUAAUACAAAGUUUAUAGUCAUUUUUCUAUUGAAAACCUAAAAAUUAUAACAUGACCAUUUGAAUUGAUUUGUUUCGAUAGCUCACCUGAAAAUUACACUACUACUGAAUCUG